CUCUCUUUGUCUUGAUUUAUACUUAGAGGGCUGUGUCCUCCUCCUGUUUCUUCCCCUUCGAGUUUCCUCUGUUUUUUCUCCUGCCAAACACAGACGAGAAGUGCAAGAGGAAAGUACCUCUGUUUUUUCUCCUGCCAAACACAGAAGAGAAGUGCAAGAGGAAAGUACCCAGUUGGAUAUUUCGGAUUUUAACUUUCUAUUUGGAAGCCGGGAAAAUAAAAUGCCCAUUUGGGUUCUCUUCAUUGAUUGAGAAACAAGGGGCUUUUCCCACUACCCAUUUUUGUUCUCUUCUUCUCCUAACCAACUCACUGAGCUUUUCCCAUUGUUUCCCGGAAAAAAACCAGAGCUUUUGAGCCCAUUUUUCUGGGUUCUUUUUGUUCUUCUUGGGGUUUAAUUUUGUUGGCCUUCUUCUUCUUUCUCCAUCCGCAUUACAGACAUCCAUUUAUGAAGCGGUGAAACAAUGAGAGAUGAGAAUUCCAAGAAAAGCAAGCUUUCAUGGCCCAAGACACUGGUCAAAAAAUGGUUCAACAUCAAGAGCAAAGCCGAGGACUUCGAUGCAGACGACGCCGUUUACGGAGGUGUUGAUGGAGAGUGGAGGAACAACCAUUCAGAGAGGGAGGCAUGCACAAUCAAGAAAAGCAAAACAGAAAGAUUGAGCAAGAGGCAUUCGGAUAGAAUCCGGCGGGGUAAGAUUGAUAUGGAAGCAUCACAGGUUACAGAUGUACAUAAUUACAGGAUCUUUGUAGCUACAUGGAAUGUGGCUGGAAAAUCUCCUCCGAGUUGUUUGAAUCUCGAAGAUUGGCUUCAUACCUCUCCACCUGCUGAUAUUUAUGUUCUUGGGUUCCAAGAAAUAGUUCCUUUGAAUGCCGGCAAUGUUUUAGGCGCGGAAGACAUCGCGCCAGCUAAAAAGUGGUUAGCUCUUAUAAGGAAGACUCUAAAUAAUCUUCCUGGAACAAGCGGUGCUUUCCAUACACCUUCGCCAGUAACUGAUCCAAUUGUAGAAUUAGAUGCGGACUUUGAGGGAUCGGCAAGGGAGAAGGCAUCCUCUUUCUUUCAUCGCAGGUCCUUUCAAUCCUUGAGCCGCAGCAUGAGAAUGGACAAUGACAUGUCAAUGCCGCAACCCAGACUUGAUAGGCGAUUCAGUGUUUGUGAUCGGGUUAUGUUUGGGCACAGAUCAAGUGAUUAUGAUCCCAAUUACAGAUGGGGUUCCUCUGAUGAUGAGAAUGUACCUGGUGAUUCACCUGUUGUGACACAUUAUUCACCAAUGUCCAACAGUGGGUCUUUCUCAAUGGAGGAUAGAGAUAGACAGCUAGGCCACUCGAGAUACUGCUUGGUUGCCAGCAAGCAAAUGGUUGGUAUAUUUUUGACAGUGUGGGUAAAAAGUGAUCUUCGAGAUGAUGUUCGCAAUUUGAAAGUGUCUUGUGUUGGAAGAGGAUUAAUGGGCUAUCUCGGAAAUAAGGGUUCAAUUUCCAUUAGCAUGUCUUUGCAUCAAACAAGUUUUUGCUUCAUCUGUACUCAUCUCACCUCUGGGCAAAAGGAAGGAGAUGAACUUCGUAGAAAUUCCGAUGUCAUGGAGAUCCUUAGGAAGACAAGGUUUCCCCGGGUUAAUGGCAUGGGAGAUGAAAACUCUCCUCAGACUAUACUAGACCACGAUCGAAUUAUCUGGCUUGGGGAUUUGAAUUAUCGCAUUGCCCUUUCUUACCGCUCUGCAAAAGCUCUUGUUGAGAUGCGCAACUGGAGGGCAUUGUUAGAGAAUGACCAGCUACGAAUAGAGCAACUAAGAGGACGCGUCUUUGAGGGAUGGAAUGAAGGGAGGAUAUAUUUCCCUCCUACAUACAAGUAUCUAAAUAAUUCAGAUCGGUAUGCAGGCGAUGAUAGGCACACCAAGGAGAAGCGAAGAACUCCAGCAUGGUGCGAUCGUAUAUUAUGGUACGGAAGAGGCCUCCAGCAACUGUCUUAUGUUCGUGGGGAGUCAAGAUUCUCAGAUCAUAGGCCAGUCUACGGUGUAUUUCUGGCAGAGGUUGAGUCUAUUAACCGUAGCCGAAUCAAGAAAAGUAUGAGUUGUUCCAGUUCCAGAAUCGAGGUAGAGGAGCUGUUGCCACACUCCCAUGCAUACACCGGCCUCAAUUUCUAUUGAAGGGUGGCCUGUCCCUUCUGAAGCAGAAUUUACUGCACUGUUACAUCAGGAAUUCCUACGAUUACAAAACACCAUAACCGAAACACAAAAUUAUCCGGAAUUCCAACCCCAUUUCACCUCCUCAAU